AUGUCGGGAGCGCGACGUCGUGAAAAGAAAGAGCCGGUGAAGGUGGAGGAGAGUGAGCCGCAGAGAGCGACCCCAGCGUACCUCAUGUGGGACGAGCCGCCUCAUCUCAGAACUGCGGAGCUGCAGCGGAAGACGCCGGAAGAGCUGGAGUUGGAACUGAAGGAGAUCCUGGGCUUGAGGAACUAUAAGAGAUGUAUGAGGGAUGGUGGCCUGCUGGAUUUUUACGUCUUAGGUUUCUGGUGGACUAACGAGCAGAAGUUCAGCCCCGCACAGACCUCCUUCACUAUGGCUGUGUUACAAAUGCUGAUUGACAACAUAAAAGAGAAACAGAUGACUAUGGUGCAGAACAUGUUGGCGUUUGCUCAGGCCUUGAUUCCUGCAACCCAGCGUGUGAUUUCAGGUGGAGAAACCACUUCCCUCCUGUCCAUAGAAGAAGGCAAAGAGUUAAUAGGUUACGUCGUAGACAGUUUGUUUCAGAACCACCGACUCUACAAGGUCGUGCUGACCACACCCAGAGAGGAGAUAGUGGUGAGCCUGGAGAGGACCAUCGAGGUGUUCGAGGGUCUUUUCGAACCAUUGUCGGAAGGCGUCUCCUCUGUUCUACCUGAAGUGACAACCCAUGUGUCUCUCCCAUAA